AUGUCCGUGCCAACCUUCGAUGCCGAGGGGCAUCAACAGGCGCUACUUCUUUAUCAGCAUUUGUCUGGAAGAGCUUGGGUCGAGAGUGAGGAGCUGUCGGUAGAGUCGCUUUCGGGCCCAGACGGUUUGCAAGUCUUCCGAGAUUGGAUUCAAGAGCGGUACCAGGAGGUUGAGGUUAGCAAGAUUGCGGAAACACUCACAACCUUUUUCCGUAAGCUUCGCCGGCAACCCUCUCAGACAGUCAGAGAGUUCAAUUCCUCCUUCGAUAGAGCUCACAGCAGGUUGUUGGAGAUCGGAUGCAAGUUGCCUGAAGUUGCCAAGGCUUGGGCUUAUAUGAGCUCGUUGGGGCUUACGAGCUCGGAGGAGUUAUCUCUUCUGGCCAGCGUAGGGAACGAGUACAAUACAGUUCGUCUUCAACGUGCAGCUGUGCUUCAUGAACGAUCCCUUCGCCCUCCUUGGCAACCCAAGAAGCCCUUUGACCCCAAGCUAGGAAAGCCUACAGGGAUUCGUGGAGCCUACUUGACCGGCAUCGACGAGGAGACCGACGGAGCCUCUGUGGCAGGCCCCGAGGACCCGGGGGAUGAGGGCAUGAGCGAAGAGACAGCUUUUGAGCUUCAUGAGGCAUUCGUGGCACAAGAGACGGCAAAGCAGCGCUAUACAGAGAGGGGGCACUGGCAUAAAGAUCCUGAAUGUCCGCUGAACCGUGGUGCACAGUCCUCGAACAAGCCGCCGCCCGCAAAGAAUGUUCAUGUGACGGAUGCGGUUACGGGGGAUGCUUCGGAUGGGUCAGUGGUUCAGGUUGCCUUCGAGGUCGGUGUAGAGCCUAGCGGACAGCUUCUUGCAAUCACGGAUACAGCUUGCAGCAAGUCGGUCGCGGGCCAGAGCUGGCUCAACGAUUACUUGAAGGCAGCGCGCGCAUCAGGCACCGAGGUCCAGCUCAUCGACUCCCAGGACGAUUUCCGCUUCGGUGCCUCAAAGCUCUUCAGGUCCACCUUCACAGCCACGAUCAUGAUCAGAGUUGGGCAUAGGAGCUUCCUGGUUCGGGCUUCCGUUGUUCAUGGUGAGGUCCCUUUGCUGUUGAGCCGUUCUGUACUGAGCGGUCUUGGAAUGAUUUACGACGUCGAGGAUAGCAAAGCAGACUUCAAACACCUGAACAUCCAUGGCCACAACCUCUCGAGCACCGAUUCGGGCCACCCAGCAAUCGUCGUGAAGCCUGAGGGGAUUCCAGGUUUCAGAUUUCCGACACCCGACCAGUGGGGGUCUGCAGAGCUUUACAUUGUGCCCGAACCCACGGCGGCAUACACAGUGCACAUGUCUUCUGCUGCAUCCGAGAGCACCAACCUGGAAACCGCUGCCUCUGAGGUUCCCCCAGUGCCCGAGCCUGAACAAUCACGGCCCCAAGGUAUCGAACGACUUCAGCUUCCAGAAGACUAUCGUAUCUUUCAUCCCAAGAAGAUCCACGCCUUCGUCGAGAAUUUUCUCAGUGCGGAGCCUAUGAACACAGAUAUCUUCAUUCGUUGGUGGUGUCAAACUAGGCUUUCCAAGGACUUCUGGAUUGAGAACAAGUCACAGCUGAUCCGAGUGCAUAUCGUUCCGAGAAGGGGUCUCUUCAGCCCGAGCGAUUGGGUCACCACUCAGGGGGAGGUUAAGGAUCGGCUUCUAGGACUUCCUCGUUGCCUAGCUCGACAGUUGACCCUCAUGGAUCACCAAACCCCCAAGAAGAUCAGCCCGUGGAAGAUGAACAAAGCUCAGCUCAUGGACAAGGCACAGGAGCUGGACUGCCUGGUCCAUUCCACGUGGACAGUGGGCGAGAUUCGGCAGGCAGUGGUGGAAAAGAUCAAAGAAUUGGAGGGUGUGGACAACAUCCCCAAGGGUCUUGCUUCGAUGACUUUGCUUCAGCUCCAGGACACCUGCCGAGAGAUGGACAGCGCGGGCAGUCCCGCGAACACGAUUGUGCCAUUCGGCCGCCAUCGGGGCCGACUCUACAAGGAGGUGCCAGACUCGUACCUCAGGUGGUGCAUGGAAGAGAGCCGAGUGAAUCGGGACAAUGCGUCCCCGGAUCUCAUUCGGUUGGCGAACUACGCGACCAUGAAGUUCCAGAGCACGCCCACCUACGAUCCCGAGAUCAACUCAAAGGUCCCCUACAAUCCAUCGGAGACGGACUCGAGGUUCACGGAGUGGUCUGUGGCGAGCUCGGUGCCAUCCAGGUCCAAGGGCUACGGCUCCGCGCAGAAGGAUCUCCCACAUCUACCAAAGCAGAAGGCGCAGCAGAAGCGGCGUGGACAAGGGGAGACAGAGACGGAGCGCAUGAGCCAGGAUGUGCCGGACGGGAUCAAGGAGGAGAUCGAUGAGAGUGAUCGUGAGUAUGAGGCUGGUACAAAGACCGUUGUUGUGCCACAAGUCGUUGAUGAUCUCCCCAAAGUUGAUGUUGACUCGCUAGCAAAACGGCUUCUUCGUGAACAAGACUUUAGCCACCAGAGCUGUGAGGAGAUCGUCAAGACCGUUUGCCAGGAAUGUCAAGCCGGCAGAAAACGGAAGAUUCACGAGAGCACUUGCAGCGUAGCCUUCGGUGCCUACUCCCAUGGUAAUCAUUAUGGAGUGAUCAAAAAGGAAUACCAGUACCCGAAUGUCGUCCGCUACAUCAACACGUACAUGAAAACACAUGGUGCAAAGGGGCGGUGGUCGAGCAUUCAACUUGGUUGGGAUUGUCCGGUAGGUCCACACAAAGAUGUUCACAACAAGAUUACCACCACCAACUGGACAAUAUCCCUGGGUAGCUUCACUGGGGGAAGGCUUUGGCUUGAAAGUUCAACCGAUGCCGAGGCCCAACCUGGUGCACCCCAACAUGCUGAGUCGCGCCUCGCCGAUGGCAACAUGACAUCAGGCCUCUUUGUUGAUACGCGUCAGCACAUGUUCAGCUUUGAUCCGAAGCGAAGACAUGGAGUUGAGGAAUGGCAUGGUCAUCGGGCUUCUAUCACAGCGUACACGACUAGAGGGGUGGGUGAGCUUAGCCGCCUGGAGCGUGAUGUUCUCAAGAGCUAUGGUUUUCCUGUUGGCCGCGAACAAGAUGAACUUACCGGUGCCGGUGGAGGAGCCCAGACGAAUGGCAUCAAGUUCGAGGGCCGGGUUCCUCGGCACGUUCAAGCCGCGCUUGGCAGGCUUCAUCAGAACCUUGGCCAUCCUAGUGUGCAAGAUAUGACAAGACACUUGCGGUUUGCGGGGGCCGAACCUGAGAUCUUGAAGGCUUGCAAGUCACUUCGUUGUGAAGUUUGCGAGAGAAAUCGUCACACUUCAGCCCCUCGUCCAGCCUCGUUGCCGUCGUUGCUCGACAUGAAUCAGUUGGUCAGCAUCGAUGUCUUUAACAUCUUUGACACCGAUCGUGUAAGACAUGAGGUGUUGUCGGUGAUUGGCCAUGCGACCACUUUCCAGCUAUGUUGUCGACUUGAGGGUCAUGGUGGCGAGGACUUUGCUAGGCAGUUCACUCAGUUGUGGGGCAACACUUUCGGGUCUCCAGGGACGAUUUCGGCCGACCUUGAGACAGGACUUCAGAGUGGGAUGAUGAGAUAUGCCGAGUUCCACGGCUGCCGUGUCCGUUCACCUGCUGGACAGGCCCAUUGGCAGCAGGGUGUCGUAGAAAGGCACGGGCUGUGGUUUCAGGAGAUCUUGAAGCGGGUCAUAGACGAGAAAAGUGUCACUGCCGAGGACAUUGAUCUUGCUAUUCAAGCUGUCAACAGCGCGAAAAAUGAAUUAAGGCGCAAGCAUGGAUUUUCACCGAGCCAGGCCGUUUUCGGCCGUGAUCCUCGUGCCCGCGAGGAGCUUUGUUCUGGCAACGACGAGGAGAGGUUCAUUGAGUUGAUGACCCAUGACAGACAGCGCCAACGUGAAGUUGGCAUCCGCACCUCGGCAAGAACGGCGUUUUUCAGGACGCAGUUAGAUUCGAAGCUGCGGCGCUCGCUCCUUCAGCGUGCCAGGGUCAAACGUGGCGGGUACAAGAUCGGUGAGCUGGUGUGUUUCUGCCGGAUUGAGAAGGUUGCUACAAAACGGGGCCAAUGGAGAGGACCAGGUACCAUCAUAGGAUCCGAAGGGGGCAAUUGGUGGGUUUCAUUCUCGGGCAGGUGUCAUCUGGUUGCCGAAGAACAUCUUCGUCCCUCCACGGCUGAGGAAGUAGGAGAUCUUCUGAACAUGCGCAUCGCAAGGGAUGACUUGGAACGACUCUUGAACCUCGAUCCCGAUGACCCCUCCACCUACCAGGAGAACUGGGAUCAAGACAAUGGGGAAGCCGAUGAUGAAGGUGAUGUAGGUGAUCCCGAACAAGAUCCACAACAUGAGGCUGACAUGGACUUUCAGUUUGACUUGGAUGGUGAGCAGGGCCCGAUUGAUGUUGAGUUUCUAGAUGCGGAGCUUGACACAUCAGGAGCCGCAGACCAUCGACGAGAACUUCUUAAUCCUUCGGCGCCUCCACCGGUGCCCAAACGGGUGCGACGUAAGGGGCCAG